CUACGUGGAAGCCGGAAGUACCGCAGCUGCUUCCAGGUUGGCUUGUCCCAGCAGCUGAAGGAUGAUGGCCGGGGACCCCGUGCUGUCCCUCCGGGUGUCCGACAUUAAGGACCCCGCGGCUCUGUUCGAGCGCUACAGCACCGAGGACAUCCGCAGGAUCGAGCGCAAAGUCUGCGGAGAGAUCGAGCAGAAGAAGGAGGAGCUGAGGCAGAUGGUGGGGGAGCGCUACCGGGACCUGAUCGACGCCGCGGACACCAUCGGGGAGAUGCGCCAGUGCUCCGGGAGCCUGGUGGAGUCCAUCCAGGACAUGCAGCGCUACUGCCGCACGCUGAAGCAGAGCAGAGCCGGCAGGCAGGAGAACCAGGACCGGGACCAGAACCAGGACCAGCAGAAGUUCUACACCAUGGCCUCCCAGAUCAAGCUCCUCCUGGAAAUCCCGGAGCUCAUCUGGAGCUCCAUGGAGGCCUCCCAGUACCUCCAGGCCACCCAGCUCUACCUGCUCUGCUGCCAUCUGCAAAGCCUGCUGCAGCUGGAGGCUGCAGGGGGGCUCUGCAGCCCAGUGCUGGCCCGCUUUCCCAUCCUGGUCCGCCAGGUCGCCACAACCGGACACUUCAGUUUCAGUAAACAGGCAGGAAAACUGGAAGGUGCGGGGAUCAAGGCCCAGGUGUGCAGCCUGGUGGAGCUGCUGGUCACCACGCUCUUCCAGGCCUAUGCUGUCUUCUACCUUCCUCCUGAGGGGGCGCCCCGGCCAGCAGAGGGAGCUCUCAGCUGUGGGAUGCUCUUCUCCACCUUGGAGAAUGUGACCUCCUCCAGUCCUGCAGGGAGGGGCAGGAAGGUUCUGCAGGAGGAGUGGAGCGCCGGCGGCUGGUUCCGGCACCUCCCUCCAUCCAUCACAGAGUUCCAGCCCAGCCUGCGGAGCCUGGCCCAGCCCAUCCUGACGGAGCAGCUCCGGGACACCCUGCAGCAGUGGAUCAACACGGAAACUAUGUUAGCUAAACAGACGCCAUCUGUGAUUCUGUGCUCAGCAGGUUCCCGCUCCUCCUCCGGACCUCCUGACUCCUCCUCCUUUAACCGCUACACGGACUCCCCGGCGGUGGAGGAGGCUCUGCGGGAAGGCUGCGUCACCUGCGUUCGCCACAUCCUGUUCUCCAUACGCUCUGAGCUGGACCCGGCUCCGGCCCGCCUCGGCGCCGUCCUGUUCAUGGCCAGAUUGUGCCAGUCGCUGAGCCAGCUCUGCCCCAGCCUGAAGCAGUGCAUUCUGGGAACACAGAGCUCCAGGGAGGCGGCGGUGAGUGGGACCCCCAGGCAGGGCAAGAAGCUGAGCAAAUCCAAGGCUGCCGCCGAGGUCAGCCCGGAGCAGGCCAAGUGGGCGGGGCUAAAGGAGGAGCUUCUGGGCUGCAGCAUGGAGGCAUACCGGAUCUGGAGCUCCGCCCUUGCUAAGGGGCUGACGGAGAGGUUCGCCGCCGCCCUGCUGGCCGAGUCCGCUGGAGCCGUGCUGACGGCUGCAACAGGCUGGGAAGAUCUGGAGAUUCAGGAAGAGUCUGAGUCCGGGAGCAGCGUCACGUCAAAGAUCCGCCUCCCGGUCCAGCCCUCCUGGUUCGUGCAGACUCUGCUGUUCCAGCUGUGCGUGGAGGUGAACAGGGUGGGGGGUCAUGCCCUCCCCCGGCCCACCCUGCAGGAGCUGCUCCAGGCCUGUCUUCAUCAAGCUCUUCAUCAUUAUGGCGUCCUCUCGGAGCGAAUGCGGGAUGCGGAGGGGGCGCUCCCUGUCACCCAGAACCGAGCCCUGCAGCUGCUGUUCGACCUCCGUUACCUCAACACCACACUGAGCAGCAGGCUGGAGGAGGGGAAGACCUCCAGGUCUCAGCAGGACCCCAGGUUCGGGUUGCUGCCUCUCAGCAUGUCAAAUGCUCGAAAGUCCAAGUCGUCCUCCAGGGCGUCUGAGGCGUCCCAGAAGCUGGCGCCUCCGUCCUCGGCGGCAGGAAGUGAUGACAGCUUCCGGCCCGGCAGCGUCUUCAGGCAGAUGGCGGAUCAGGAUGAGGACGCCGCGGCGCCGUCUCUGUUUAAGCUCAGCUGGCUGGCGGGCAUGGCCAAGUAGCCCCUCCUGGAAAAACUACAUUAAACCUUCUCAGAUCCCCCCCCCCGUCUGAUUCAUUUAUUAUUUUAUUGGCUUUAUUAUUUAUUAUUUCUCCACUGAAAGAAGCUAAAAGCUUCCACUGCUGUUUACUGGGAGGAACGUUAGUAAACCAUUAAUUAGUCAAUAAAUAAUCUGCUGAUUAUUUUCUCAUCCAUUAAUAAUCUGAUUGCCUUCAAGAA